AUGAUGAACAAUUUGAAAAAAGUUCUAUUGUUCUGCGGUGCAUUUGAUCCGAUCACUGCGGGACAUAUGCUUAUGCUCAACUUGUGCAUCAAAACAAACUUUUUCAACGAAAUACGAAUUAUGCCCAGCGGCGAAAGAGUCGACAAACAGUAUAAGACCUCAGACACUCACAGAACUAAGAUGUGUGAGAUCGCAAUAGAUGUAUUUAAAAAGGAAUACCCAAACACAAACAUCAUUUUUAGCAAUUAUGAAAUGGAACUUCAGCAAACGCAGGACACAUAUUUUACAGUUAAGCACUUCCAAGACACAGAAAAAGAUAAAGAAUUCUACUUUUUCCUAGGAUCCGAUAUUUUGCCGGAAAUGUUUGAGUGGCCGCACUCAAAUGAAUUGAUACAAAUCACUAAAUUUUUAAUAGCAAAAAGAGAAGGAUACGACAUAAAGACAGAUGAUGCAAAUAAACUAAAUAGCUAUAAACUACUUGAUGAUUUACUCACUGAAGCCGGAGUUCAAAAACAGACCUCUCCAGCUUCCUCCACUGAAGCCAGAGAAAAGUUGAAUGAAGGAAAGAAAUGCGGAAACGUACUGUUGCAUCCUGAUGUGAUGAAGUAUGUUGAGGAUAACAACCUCUAUGGCCUGAUACCCUAUACAAAUAUGUAUCCGUAA